AGAACACACAUCUGACAAAAGGGAAGGGAUACAGAAGGACAGGCUCAGAUGCUUGUUGCUCCGUGCCGUCGAGCCGAGGGAAUCUCAGCCUUGUCAAGCUUGUUUGGUCUCUCAAAGGACAGGAAGUGAUGCUUCGUUGGGUCUUGUUGGCUUUGUUCCUUGGUGUCUGUGCUGGUGCCGGACAACAGAAAAAAAUCAGCAAGAAGGCUCAGUCCCUUGCAAGAGGAUGGGGGGACGGUAUUAACUGGGUGGAAACUUAUGAAGAGGGCCUUUCAAAGAUGGUUGAAACUCAGAAGCCUCUGAUGGUCAUCCAUCAUCAAGAGGACUGCCCGCACUGUCAAGCUCUGAAGAAGGCGUUUGUUGCUCAAAAGACGAUCCAGAGAAUGGCCAGAGAUGAUUUCAUCAUGCUCAACCUGCUGGUAGAGACCACGGACAAGAAUAUGGCCCCUGAUGGCUACUAUGUUCCCAGAAUCCUCUUUGUCGAUCCAUCCAGGACUGUGCGCACAGACAUUAAAGGAAAGUACGGGAACUUCGGCUACACCUACGAGCCCAGUGACAUGACGUUCUUGAUCAAAAACAUGAAGAGAGCCAAAGUCCUGAUGCACACUGACCUUUAACAUGGCUCAAUCUGACUUUUCUCGAUCUUCCAGUCGUGCCGGGCAACCUGCUCAGUGCUCAGCACCAACAUGUUUACACACUCCUCAGAGCUCAAUAAAACUAUGAUACAUGAACAGAAA